AUGGAUCCUCCUCGUAUCGCACGGCAUGGCUGCCACGGUGCCCCUGCUUGGGGCCCACGCCCCCUACCUUUUUCGUCUCCUCUCCGUCCUCAAGCUCAAUGGCAACAAGUGGAUUUCCAUGACGACUCUCACAUCGAAGACAUUGAAGAUGACAAGGCGUUCUUUUCAUCCCCAGCCAGGCCGGUACCCAUGUUCGAACCUGGUUUCCCGCGACAUAACCCUGCCAACGCGAAUGCCUCCAGACGCCAGAGUCGGGGCAUCAACAGACAUCGAUUCGAACCGAGGAAUCCAGUCGCACCAACCCGCUCGACAUAUCAACCUCAUAACCACAGAAUGUCUGACGGGUUGGCUAUACAGGGCGGCCCGCCUAUGUUUCCCAAACAGGAGAUCGAUCCACCUUAUUUGGACACACGGUUCGAGAAUGGUCCAUGCGUCAUGCAAAGGCCCACGGUGCAAAUAGCGCGAACUGAGGUCGAGAAGAGGAUCCCAAAGUCAGAAGAGAAUGGCUCAUUUCAUUCCGCAAAUCCCAAACCCACCCGUCCCGUGCCAGCCAAGAGGGACCCCUCAACAUCCCCGCCGCAUCGACUGAAUCAAGCCGAACAGAAGAAGUCCCGAGCCCCGAAUGCCGCGCUCAAUGCACGUCCACUCGUGUUAACGACAGCACCGCCGCCUCAGAAGAAGCGCGCCCGACAGCCAGCGAGAGAUGCGUACGGGUUUGGGAAGCCCGACCAAGACGAGGAGUGGAGUACACUGCCCUCGUCGAAAAAGGCUCGCCUAAGCAGGGUUGCAGAUACUCGAGCAGACUUCAGGACAACUGGGUUCUUCCAGAUACCGGGACUGAUUCCCUUGCUCCCGUCCGUGGACGUGGUCAAGAGCGGGAAGAGUGCGGAUUCAAGCCAGAGAGUGAUCACCUUCCUUCCUCCCCCGCAGAAGAAGAAGGGGGCACCAGCCGGGCCAGCCAAGGUGGAUGUCAAGCCGCGCAAUUCGUACCCCUCUCCCCAUCCGGAGCGCGGAGAUGCAGAGAGCAGGUCUAUGCCAUCAUCCCCUUCUCCCAAGGACCUUGCACCCACUACUGAAGAGCCUGUUCUCCGACGAGACGCUAAUGGAUACCUGGCCUCUCCUCCCACCUCUGAUCUCCCGGAUGGCGAGGUCCAUGAGGCCAGUGAUUACGACCAGACCCAUGAAGACAAUAAAAUGAACGCACAUGUCGAGCCAUCGGCGAUGGCAAGUCGAUACAUGAGAGCAAGGAACACGUUGAAAUGGGUGGGUUUCUAA